AUGGCAGCCCCGCUUGACGAGCUGCACCAGGGGAACUCUGGCAACAUGAGAUACACCAUAGGCACUUCUCGCAACCAGAAUGAACUUUCUCCACAGAACUCCAACGGUCAGUACCCAUACACUCCGCCAACCCAGGCAAACGGCAACGCAAAUGAAGUUCCGUACGAUAGUGAUGCCAGAUAUUCCUCUGAUAGCAGGACUGGAAGAAAGAGAUCCGUGGGUGGGCAAGGAGAACGGAGCAGAUCAAGAACAAAUGGCAGCGCAGGAAAGUCAUCCAAUUCGGGAACCAGACAAUGUAGAAAGUGUGGUGAGCCUCUGACUGGUCAGUUCGUCCGUGCGCUUGGGGGAACAUUUCACCUCGAUUGUUUCAAAUGCGCCGACUGCGGCCAAAUUGUCGCCUCGAAGUUCUUCCCCGUGGAUGCCGAGGAUGGAUCUGGACAAUUUCCCCUAUGCGAAACAGAUUACUUCCGCCGUCUGGACCUGCUAUGCUUCGAAUGCGGCGGCGCACUUCGUGGCUCCUACAUCACAGCCCUGGAUCGAAAAUAUCACAUCGAGCACUUCACAUGUUCGGUUUGUCCGACCGUUUUCGGCGCCCAGGACAGCUAUUACGAGCAUGACGGGAGAGUUUACUGCCACUACCACUACUCUACGCAGUUCGCGCAGCGGUGCAACGGUUGUCAGACUGCUAUUUUGAAACAAUUUGUCGAGAUCUUCCGAAAUGGUCAGAACCAACAUUGGCACCCCGAAUGCUACAUGAUUCAUAAAUUCUGGAAUGUCCGACUUGCACAAUCUGAGGCAGUCGUGGAGAGGAGAGACAUGCACGCCCCCGUUACCGAGGAUGAGCGGGAAACAGUCAAGGAGGAUGAGGAAAAGAUGGAGGACAAGGUCUAUCGAAUCUGGAGCACGCUAUCUACUUUCGAAGAAUCCUCUGCUUCCUGCAUCUCAGACAUGCUUCUACAUGUCAGUAAUGGCGUCUAUGUCGAUGGAGUCAUUGUUGCUCGGAAAUUCAUCUGGCAUGUGGACAUCCUAUUCGGUGCUAUCGAUACCCUCGCAGCUUUGAUUAUCAAGGCUCAACUCAAAGAACUUGCCUAUGGUCGGGAAGCGAAAUUGCUAUGUAAGAAAGUUGUGGCGUUUUUCACGCUUCUCUCAAAAACACAGGAGACUGGGGUGCGAAAACUUGGGGUCACUCAGGAACUCUUGUCCUUGGUUACUGGCCUGGCUCAUUACCUCAAGUUACUUAUUCGCAUUGGACUCCAAGGAGCGCUGAAACUCGAACGUGAGAAAGGAUCUCCGGAAGGUCUUCACGCUUUCUUGGAUGAGCUUGCCGACCUGGAAACAAUUAAAGAGCAGGAGAUGAAAUCACUGGAUCUACAAGAGAGUGUGGCAGGACUUGCGAGCCAAGAAUCAGAUUGCUGCUCUGCGUGCAUGGAACCCAUCGACGACGAAUGUGUUAUGAUUUACGGCCGCAGAUGGCAUGUAAAGCCCCGUCAUCUUACUUGCAGCGUCUGCCAGCGAGAUUUGACCAGCGACCUCGGCAUUGCGAUGUAUAAUGAAAGAGAAGAAAAGGUGUAUUGCGUUGAUCAUGCAAAACGGACGCCGGACACGGUCUCAGGAUUCGCCCACGUCACGAAGUUACAGCAAUAUGUCUUUUUACUCCGGGUCGCAUUGGCACGCUUGCUUGAGGUGCUAAAGUCUGGCGGUACCCUACCACAUACAUCCGAUGAUCCCAACCUGACUCCAUACAAAACCAAUGAAGGACAUCAUAUAUCAGGUUCGGGGGAACCGGUCAUGCCUCACCAGAUGAUGGGAUCACGAUCUAGAUCUUACGCAGGCACAUCGAGCCAACAACAAUCAUCACUGGAACAGACUGUGGGCGAGAUGAAACGACUUCGGUCUACACGCAACGAACGCGCUCUUUCCACGACGUUCCGGAAGGCCCGUGAGUCCCGAAUCCUCUAUGACGGAGCCGGUGUGCGACCAGGUUCUGAAGGAGCUGAAGGUCACGAUCACCGAAACCCGGGUGGCUUUGAGAUCGUUCAGGAGAAAGAUCUUGAUGGCCGCAUGAAAUCGGAACUUACAUUUAAUAAUCAAGAGGGCCUGACCCUGGAUGAUAUUCCACGGAUUGUUGCCGCCGAGCAGGCAAAAGAACAACGGCCGAACGCUUUCCGUCAUGCAGGCACCAACCUGAUUGGUCACCGGGGCAAUGAACCUCGACUGGUCAAUGGCCAUCAGCGAAACUCAUCUGGGGGCGGUGCCGAUCUCCUGGCUGGUGAAAAUCCCCUCAGAACCAAAAUAUACUUCUCGGAACUGUCCGCACUCGAGUAUUUUAUUGUCCGGCAUGUGGCAGUCCUUUCGAUGCAGCCGUUGCUGGAUGGGGAAUAUACCCUCGAGGAUUUACUGGGCCUGAUCGAACAGCGAAAGCAGACAUUCUGGGGCAAAGUCAGUCGUGCACUCCGUGGUGAUGCUGGUGUCAAGAAGAAAGGCACUUUUGGCGUCCCCUUGGAGGUACUGGUUGAGCGUGAGGGAGCAGAAUCAACCAACGGAGUCGGACCUGGCGCUCUCACAGUUCCGGCAAUUGUGGAUGACUGUGUAUCAGCCAUGAAACAGAUGGAUAUGUCGGUUGAAGGCGUCUUCAGAAAGAAUGGCAACAUCAAACGCCUCAAAGAGACGGCAGAAGCGAUUGAUGCAAAUCAGACCCCCGACCUCAACCGAGAAAACCCGGUACAGGUUGCCGCACUGCUCAAGAAGUUCCUGAGAGAGAUGCCCGAGCCGUUACUGACAUACAAGUUACAAAAGCUGUUCAUCACUUCUCAAAAGAUAGUGGACGACGAACGCCGAAGGAGGGUUCUGCAUCUCACAUGCUGUCUGAUGCCAAAGAGUCACCGCGAUACUAUGGAAGUGCUAUUCUCAUUCCUGAAAUGGGCAGCCUCUUUCUCUCAAGUUGAUGAAGAGUCUGGCAGCAAAAUGGACAUCCACAACUUGGCUACCGUUAUGGCCCCAAAUAUCUUGUACGCGAAAGAGAAGGCACCAGGCGCGCGGCAGCCUCAAGUGCCUCAGGUUGAUGAAAGCUUCCUCGCUAUUGAAGCCGUCAACACCCUGAUCGAAUAUAAUGAUCUGUUCUGUCAGGUGCCCGAGGAUCUACAGUCCAUCUUGACCGACACGAAUCUUCAUGGCAUACCUGCAGAACUUACAACAAAGGAGAUAUUGUCCCGGUACGGCCAUAUUGCUAAGGGCCAGGUGCAGAGACAGACAGCUGCGGCACCAGAUGCACCAGUCCGCAGCCCCGUCUCGGCUUCGAAUUCGCUUGGACCUGUCGCCACGAGGGUGGAUGUCGACCCAUACCAGGCCACUGCGUGGCAGAAGCAAAGUUCUGUCAGACCUGUACAGAACAUGGCUUCAGCCACAUCGACACCAGCACAUGAGUUCAACUUCGGCGUCCCCAACAGCCCCUAUGCUCGAGACCGCGCAGGAAGUGCUGAUAGUAGCGGAAGUCGUGGAGGUGGACCAGGUGGAAGACAAAGCUACCAGCCGAGACCGGGGCAAAUGGGUGUCGCAGGUUGA